CGUCGCGGGUGCGAUUAAAGAAAAUAGAGAAGAGAAAUCGGGAAUGGAAGAGGAGGAGGCUGAGCUGUACGGCAUCGAAGAUGAAUUCGACGAGCAGUUUGCAGACGAGCUGGAGGCCCUGGCGGAGCUGGAAGGGGAACGACCCCUGCGCCCCUCCCGCAAAGUCUCCGAGUUCCGAAAGCAAAAAAAAAGGACGUUUGAAGAGGCUCUCGCAGCCGGGGAUCCGGUGAAGGACUCGGUCGCUCCAGUCUGCCAGCCGUGCCUGGAAAAGGAGUCUUGCAGCCAGGCGUUCCCCGAGGGCGGUGUGGACGAGGAACCCGACGGUCUUCCCACAUCCAGUGGGGCCGAGGACAGCUCAGAGGAUCUGCCCCUCCAGGAGGCAGAAGCAACUCAGAGGAAAAGGAGUGGAUAUGAGGCCUUUGGGUCUUGCUAUGGGCUGUUUGCUUCCCUUCUCUCGCUUGCCCCCUUGAAUAUGUUUGGGAACUGUGGCCAAAAGGGUUCCCUGAAGGUGGGCAGUUUGGUGUCUGCCUUCCCAUUGCGCCGCUUGAUGAGAGCUGAACCCUUGGUUCCAACAGCUCCCCGGCCGAAGCGUCGUCGUCUUGAAGCUGUGAAGAAGCUGGACUUUGGAGCAGAAGAUUCGCCCAGGGCCCUUGAAGACUCACCCAAGGAUGGAACUGCCUCGCCUCUUUUGCCAGGAGCCUCUUCUGAACUCCAGGAAGCCAGGACUCCGAGGUGCACGAUCCUGGACAGCGUGGGAGUAAGCGAUGUGCUGCCCCUGCAGGUGACUCCACCAGAGGUGAGCACCUCGAAGAAGGUGCUGAAGCGCCCGCCCGUCUUGGAGGACUACAUCAACGUGACCUCAACUGACGGCACCCGGGUCUUCAUGGCCAUGAAGGAGGAUUGCUCCUGGGCAGGAACGCAGCGCUGCGAUUCUCUUGGGUGGAACAGACAACGCCCUCUUUAUCUACUCGGGGUCCCUUUCUCCUACCUCAAGGAACAGGUGGCUGAAGAGCACCGGAGGCAGAUCCGUGAAACUUCGCGACGGCUGACGGAGAUUCUGGACAGCUGUCUUCAAGAUGAGCCGACCGAAACGGAGGCCGCAGAGCCCGGGGAAGAAGGCGGUGGCGACACCGCGCGGGAAGAGGACAAAUCGUCUGCGGGGUCCCUGUGGGUCGACCGCUUCACGCCCAAGCACUACGUGGAAUUGCUCAGCGACGAUUACACGAACCGCUGCCUCCUGAAGUGGCUGAAGCUGUGGGACGUGGUCGUCUUUGGGAAGGACAAGCCCACCAAGAAGGCCAAGCCGGGCUUGGAGGCCGGCCUGCCCACCAAGCGUCCCAAAGAGCGGCCAGGCCCCUGGAAGAGCAAAGUCCAGCUGACAGAGGAACUCCUGGAGGCGGAGUUGGACCAGCACAACCGACCCAAAUUCAAGGUUGCCUUGCUGUGCGGCCCCCCCGGAUUGGGCAAGACCACGUUGGCACACAUUAUCGCAAAGCAUGCUGGGUACAACGCGGUGGAGAUGAACGCCAGCGACGACCGUAGCCCCGACGUCUUUAAACAGCGGAUAGAAGCUGCCACCCAAAUGAAGUCUGUGCUGGGAGCUGACGAGAGACCGAACUGCCUCAUCAUCGACGAGAUCGACGGCGCUCCAACGGCAUCCAUCAACGUGCUGUUGAACACCGUCAACCAGAAGGGCAAAGAGGCGGAAGCGGAAGGGGCCGCCAGCAGCGCGAGUGGGCGGAGGAAGCGGCGAGAGGGCGGACUCCUCUUGCGUCCGAUCAUCUGCAUUUGCAACGACCAGUACGUCCCUUCUCUGCGUCAGCUACGGCAGCAGUCUUUCCUUCUCCACUUCCCCUCGACGGCCCCAUCCAGGCUGGUGCAGAGGCUGCAGGAGAUCGCCGCCCAGCAGGGCAUGAAAGCCGACACGGGGGCGCUGACGGCGCUGUGCGAGAAGACGGAGAACGACAUUCGCUCCUGUAUCAACACCCUGCAGUUCCUGCAUAGUCGCGGCCAGAAGGAACUGAACUUGCGGACGGUGCAGACCGCGACGGUCGGCUUGAAAGACCAGAACAAAGGGCUGUUCUCCAUCUGGCAGGAGAUCUUCCAGCUCCCGAAGGCUCAGAGGCACCGGAUAGGGAUGGACCCUUUGAAUCCGGUCCUCAUGAGCGGUGGGGAUGACUUCUUCGGCCCGACCGCGGCCCAAGCCUCCCUUAACGCUGCUGCCCAAAGAUUCCACCGCAUCCUGCAUCUCGGCACAUCCUCUGGAGAACAUGAAAAGCUCACCCAGGGCUUGUAUGACAACUUCUUGAACAUGAAGGUGAAGGAUUCCAGUCUCGGCUCGGUCUGCCUGGCCUUGGAGUGGCUGGGCUUCACCGAUCUGGUGCGCCAAGUCAUGAUGCACAGGCAGAACUUCCAGCUCAUGCGGUACCUCCCCUUCCUCCCCGUGGCCUUCCACUUGCUCUUUGCCGCAUCCAACAUCCCCAGACUGGCGUACCCCAACAGCCAGAACGAGGCUCUGGCGAAGUUGACCCAAGUGCAGAACCUCGUGGCUUCCAUGCUCUCCGGGGUCGCGCCAAACUCCCGCAGCCGCCUGGGGCCUCAGUCCCUCGUGCUGGAAGCCCUCUGCCUCCUCCUGGACAUCCUCUCUCCGAAACUGAGACCGGUGAACACCCAGUUGUACAGCCAGAAGGAGAAGCAGCAGUUGUCUGAGCUGAUCGGCACCAUGCUGGCCUACAAUCUCACCUACCUCCAGGAGCGGACGCCCGACGGGCAGUACGUCUACAAACUGGACCCAAAUGUGGAAGAAAUCUGCCGCUUCCCAGACCUCCCUGUUCGGAGGCCGCUGACUUACCAGACCAAGCAGCUCAUCGCGAGGGAAAUCGAGCUGGAAAAGAUGAGGCGGACAGAAGCCGCACUGAAGGCGCGCAACUCCAACCAGGAGUCGGCAGUGAGUCGGUCGGCCAAGGAAGGGGACCAGAAGCCUGGUGUCGAGUCCCAGGUGCGGAACCACGAGCAACGACUGGGCGAGAUCGUGAAGAGAGCCACGUUUGAGGAGAAGCCGGAAACCGAUUUCUUUGGCCGUGUAAUUGUCAAGAAGAAAGCGUCUCCUUCGACAGCCAACCUGGCGCCUGAAAAAAACACAACCGAAAAACGAGUCGGGAGGGCCGUCGGACAGAGCGACGUCUGGUUCCGGUUUAACGAAGGCGUCUCCAACGCCGUCCGGAGAAAUAUUUACAUUAAGGAUUUACUGUAGCAAUAGAACACUCUGGUUUGUA